UCUUUGGGUCACUCAUUGUGUGUCUUGUCAUUAAUCAAUUAUUCAUACAAUUUUUAAUUUUAAAAAUAUUACAAAUUGCAUACAAAUACUUAUCAAUAUGAUGAAACGGAGUAUAAUAGAAUAUUGUUCUGAACACGAUGGGUACAAAUGCGGUUACUGUAAGAAACCAGAUUCAAAUUAUAGUCAUGGGAUGUGGGCGCAUACGAUGACUGUACAAGACUACCAGGAUUUGAUCGACAGAGGAUGGCGCAGAUCUGGGAAGUACUGUUACAAACCAGUUCUUGAUGUUGUUUGCUGUCCAAUGUAUACUAUAAGAUGCAGAGCUUUAGAAUUCAAAACAACUAAAUCACAAAAGAAAGUUAUAAAAAGGGUUAACAAGUUUCUGAUGGGUCAAGAUGAGAUUUCCAAAGAAAGUCAAGUGUCAGGUAGCAAUGAGGACAUGACGGUAGACACUGACGGCAGAGAACAAUUUGUUGAGAGUAGAAGAAGUCAUCAGGAGAUUAAUAUUGGUGAUGUUGACAUUGCAUUCAUUGAUCAACCUGCUGAAUCGAUAGCUGCAAAAUCAUCAGAAAUAAAGCCUACCUCAAACAAAACACUAAACAACCCCAAACUGACUGAUAAAAAACAAGAAGUUGCAGGACCAGAUCCUACUAAGGCGCCAUGUAAAAAAGCUAAGCAAGCAAGACGAGAAAGGAUGUUAGAAAAAUUAAAAAAGAAAGGCAUAGAUGUUAGCAAUAUAGGUAGUAACAAAAAUAGAGAAAAACAAAUAGAGGAUUUCAUUAAUGAGCUUCCAAGUGAAGCAAAAAGAAACCUUGAGAUUAAAUUAGUCAGAACUACUCCACCCAGUCCGGAGUGGUUAGCAACAUCCAAAGAAACUCACAAUCUUUAUGUAAAAUAUCAGAUGGCUGUCCACGGAGAUCGACCAGACAAGUGCUCAGAGUCCCAAUUCACUGGCUUCUUAGUUCAAAGUCCAUUACUGGAAGAAUAUUCUGAAGGAGGUCCAGCCUCUGGUUAUGGUUCCUUCCACCAACAAUACUGGCUCGAUGGGAAACUCAUAGCUGUUGGUGUUUUAGACAUUUUACCUAAAUGUGUCUCCUCGGUUUAUUUCAUUUAUGAUCCUCAGCACAUGAACUUAGCUCUGGGCACGUAUGGUGCUUUAAGAGAGAUAGCAUUCACGAGACAUCUGCAUACAGUUUGUCCAGAACUAAAAUACUACUACAUUGGCUACUACAUCCACUCGUGUCCCAAAAUGAGGUACAAGGGUAACUUCCAUCCCUCCGACCUCCUCUGUCCGGAGACUUACAAAUGGUUUCCUCUGAAAGACUGUACACAAAGGUUGGAUAUCACACCGUAUUCCAGAUUUGAUCCGGACAUAGACAGUAUAGAUGAAAAUUGUGCAUCCGAUAGUGACAUAAACCACGUUCCUGUGCUUUAUAGAGGGGAGGUGAUGCCUUUCUCAGUUUACAGGAAGAAUAAGAAAAAUACAAGCGUAGACGAAGUUGUCGAGUAUGCACAACUUGCUGGAGCUAAAACUAUCAGGAGAAUGAUUUUGGUUAGAGCAUAAAACAAACACAAACACUAAUAAUAAUAGGGUAGUUGACUCAUCAAAUCAAAAAUAUAAACAAUAUUAAUUUCGUAUAGUACCUGGAAUAAGGGUCCGAAAUAUAUCGAUAUCAAUUAAUAAAAGUUAAGGAUUUCAUAAAAAACUUGAUUUAAGUAUCACGUUUUAUUUUCAAAUUUUCCAAACGUCAAAAACGCAGUCGUCUAUUUUGCGACGUCACUAACACACUUGAUGUACUAAGCCUCAAAUUAAUUGCUAUUUGUCAAACGCUCCUUUUGUAAGGGAUUUAUUAUAGUGACGUCAUGAAACAGUUGAAAUAUAGACCAACAUGGCCGACAGUAUUAUAUGGCUCGUGUUGUCAAAAAAAUAUUUAAAAACUAAAAUUUUCAUGUAAUCACAUCUCGAAAAAAUAUGAAAUUUUUUUUUCAAUCUAGUAGAACAAUAAUGAACAAUUUAAGACAAUUUAAAAAAAAGUGUCAACUAGCCUAUUAUACUGAUUUAAUUCAAAUAAUUAUUUGCGAGGCUACUAUCAUAGUUUAAAUUAAAUAGGGGUUAAUAUAUUUUGUGAAACCUGUCAUUUUUCGUAUUACACUUAUAUUAACUGUACUUGAUUGGUACAUUGGUUAAAUGUUAAAUGGGGUUAAAAAGAUCCCCUUUUUAACCCCAUUUAACAUUUAACUAAUUAUUAAAAUAUAAACUUAAAUAAAUUUAAUAAAAAAAAAUAAAAUUAGUAAAUUGUGGUCUACGCGAAGUAAACUAAUAAAAAAUCUUCCUUUUUGGGGUCCGCCGCAAAAAAGGAAUGCGUAUUUACCCUUUGGUAUAAAACUGUGUUAUUAAUUCUAGUAUUUUAAGUAUUACUAUAAUAUUUAUUAGUUUCUGUUUAACAGUAACUUUGUACUUAAAUACAUUCUAGUAUGAUUAUUUGUUUGCCCCACCUUUAUCAUGUGAAAUAAGAUAUACAUUAAUUAUUUUAGUUGUUACGUUGUUAACUGUUCUUAAAUAAUACAUGUAUUAGUUUUAUGUUUCAACCGUG